UGUGUGUGUGUGUGUGUGCCUGUGUGUGUGUGUGUGUGUGUGUGUGUGUGUGUGUGUGUGUGUGUGUGUGUGUGUGUGUGUGUGUGAUGGUGGGGGAGAUGGAGGGGAAGGAGAAGCCAAGGCCCGGUGGUCCAGAUUAUCUGAUGCAGUUGAUGAACGAUAAGAAGCUGCUGAGCAGUCUUCCCAACAUCUGCGGGAUCUUCCAGCAUCUGGAGCGACUUCUGGACGAGGAGAUCAGCCGCGUGAGGAACAACAUGUACGUCAACACUCUGAACGGGUCGGACAGAAGCAGCGAGCUGCCGGACGCCGUCGGCCCGAUCGUCCAGCUGCAGGAGAAGCUCUACGUCCCCACCAAGGAGCACCCCGAGUUUAACUUUGUCGGGAGGAUCCUGGGUCCUCGCGGUCUGACGGCAAAGCAGCUGGAGGCGGAGACAGGAUGUAAGAUCAUGGUGAGAGGGCGGGGCUCCAUGAGAGACAGGAAAAAGGAGGAGCAGAAUCGAGGUAAGCCUAACUGGGAGCAUCUGAAUGAGGACCUCCAUGUCCUCAUCACGGUGGAAGAUGCUCAGAAUCGCGCCGAGAUCAAACUCAGACGCGCCGCGGAGGAAGUCAACAAGCUGCUGGUGCCUGCCGCGGAGGGGGAGGACAGUCUGAAGAAGAUGCAGCUGAUGGAGUUAGCCAUCCUGAACGGGACGUACCGAGACGCUAACAUCAAGCCUUCCUCCCUUUCUUUCUCUCUUGCAGCAUCCAAUCAGAGUCCUCGUGUCCUCUCUUGCCACGCCCCCAUGCUGCCCGCCGCCCUGCGCCCCCCCGCCCCCACAGGCCCUGCCCUGAUGCCUCUGAUUCGUCAGAUCCAGACGGUGCUGCCCAAUGGGACGCCUGUGCUGCAGGGGGCGGGGCCUGAGUCGGGGCUGAUCUACGCCGCGCCGUACGACUACCCGUAUGCUCUGGCGGCGCCGGCCUCCAUCUUGGAGUACCCCCUGGACUCUGGGGGGGUGAUGGGUAAGCCGGCCCCCCCCUGCUCCUGUGACUGCUCCCCCACACCGCACCACCACCACCAGUGGAGCCCGGCCCCCACGCUGCUCCUCAGACACGCCUCCUAAAACCUGGAGGACGACCUCCCCGCGUCUCACUCACAGUUUAGAACUCUAAAGAUGGCCGCUGCGUCUGCACUUCCUCCCGCUGUACAAAGUGAAGAUUUUUUUCCCAGAUUCAGCGCUGCCAUCAAACAUGGAUUUAAGGAUUAUUGACUGGAUACCGGAUCUAUUUAGUUCAGUGGAGUUGCUCGUCUGGCGCAUACUCUAACUUUAAAUAAUCUUCCGUGAUGUGCAGCUGUUGAAAGCCGCUGUAUCUAAGCCCCGCCCACACACUCACCGGACCAAUCAUGAGUCCAUCCCAGCUGUCAACCAUGAGGCUUCAGCCCGACCAAUCAGGAGUAAAUCCCAGCUGUCAACCAUGAGGCUUCAGCCCGACCAAUCAGGAGGCUUCAGCAUCAAAUAACUCAAACCAAACUGAUCAGAAACGUAAACAUUGGAACAAACAUCAGAACUAUGUAAAGUCACAGAAACAUCUUUAGGGAACAUUUAUCUGACGUAUACUUUGAGUUGUGAGAUGGGGACGGGGCUUAUGGGCGAUACUGCUACUGGUCCAGAUGUUUUGGCGUUACUGCUACUGGUCCAGAUGUUUUGGCGUUACUGCUACUGGUCCAGAUGUUUUGGCGUUACUGAUACAGUCUGUGCAGAAACCUGACGGUGACGGAGCAGCAAACAGGGAAGUCACUCAACAUAUAAAUAUAUAUUUUAUGUAAUAAUAACUCCACAAAGAUGUCACAACAUGAUGAACGAAGUGAAGACAGAUUUCUGCUGUUCUCACUGAAGUUAGAAUAUAUAAAAAUAUCUUCGCUGUUGGGCGGAAACCUUAUCUGUCUGCAAUCAUUACUUUUCAGGAGAUUAUGAAAACAUUUUAAUGAGCUAUUUGCUUCAGAUCAAGUCAGAUGAAAUCACUUCCUUGCUGUUUAAACAUUCAGACCUUUAAUCAGUCCUUCCAGAGUUUUUUUGUGAUUGUUUUGGGAAGAAAUCCUUGAUUAUGCG